AUGGUGGUGCUUGAAACAGGUGUAACGCAGUUCUAAAAGUUGGACAUUGGAAUCUUUGACUUGGGUGAUUAUCUUGCAAUCGGUGCCAUAUUUGCUGCAACAGAUUCUGUGUGCACACUGCAGGUNCUGAAUCAAGAUGAGACACCUUUGCUUUAUAGUCUUGUAUUCGGAGGUGUUGUGAAUGAUGCCACAUCAGUUGUUGUCUUCAACGUGAUUCAGAGCUUUGACUUCACCAACCUUAACCAUGGACUUGCUUUUCAACUUGUUGGAAACUUCUCUUAUUUGUUUCUCCUCAGUACCUUGCUUGGUGUUGCAGUAAGUCUUGUAUGUGCAUAUGUCAUCAAAAACCUAUAUUUUGGAAGCCACUCUACUGACCGUGAGGUUGCCCUCAUGAUGCUUAUGACCUAUCUUUCUUAUAUGCUUGCUGAGCUAUUCGACUUGAGUGGUAUUCUCACUGUGUUCUUCUGUGGGAUUGUGAUGUCUCAUUACACUUGGCACAACGUAACAGAGAGCACAAGAAUCACUACCAAGUAUUCUUUUGGAACAUUGUCAUUUCUUGCGGAGACAUUUAUUUUCUUGUACGUGGGAAUGGAUGUACUGGACAUUGACAAGUGGAGAAUAGUGAGAGAUAGUCUUGGAACAUCAGUCGCAGUGAGCUCUAUCUUAAUAGGUUUGCUCAUGCUUGGAAGAGCAGCAUUUGUCUUUCCCUUAUCGUUUCUCUCUAACUUAGCCAAGAAGAAUCAAAGCGAGAAAAUAAACUUUAAGAUGCAAGUUGUGAUUUGGUGGUCUGGUCUCAUAAGAGGUGCUGUAUUAAUGGCUCUUGCAUACAACAAGUUUACAAUGGCUGGACACACAGAUUUGCACGAGCAUGCAAUCAUGAUCACAAGUACUAUUACCGUCUGUCUUUUUAGCACCAUGGUGUUUGGUAUGUUGACAAAACCGCUCAGAAGGUACCUAUUUCCGCACCAGCAAGGCCCAACGAGCAUGUUAUCUGAUGACAACAACAACACACCAAAAUCGAUCCAGGUCCCUUUGCUGGACCAAGACUCGUCCAUUGAGGAGGUUGCAGGAAACGAGAAUUUGCCUCGCCCUGACAGUAUACGUGGCUUCUUGACACGGCCCACUAAAACAGUGCAUUACUACUGGAGACAGUUUGAUGACUCCUUCAUGAGACCUGUCUUUGGAGGCCGUGGCUUUGGCCCCUUUGUCUCUAGCUCUCCAACUGAGAGAGGCCCUCCUGGUCUCAGUGGAGCUUGA